AGUAUUCGCAGCGCCUUGGAAUGCUUGGGUGAAAGCCAUGCUGCAUCACGUAGCGCAACAGUUUUGCGCUUCCCAGGUGGCAAAGCAGGCGUGCCGCUUGCAUUUGACAUCCAGGUUGCGGCCAUACACAGCGGUUCGCCAUUUCACCGUGGCUGCCAAGGAGCCAGAGUACCACACUGGUGGCAACUUCGAAGGGCACCACCUUUUUCACAAAGACGCUCCAUUUGUGUUUCGAAACGGCGAGCAGAUUUCAGAGUUGCAGAUUGCCUACGAAACGUGGGGCCAUUUGAACGCCAAGAAAGACAAUGCCAUCCUCUUGCAGUGUGGAAUGUCAGCCUCCUCCCACGCCUGCUCUCAUUCGCGGAAUCCAGCGCCUGGGUGGUGGGAGGAAUAUAUUGGCCCCGGCAGACCCUUGGACACCAACUUGUUCUUUGUGAUAUGCACCAACAACCUUGGAGGUUGCUAUGGAUCGAGUGGGCCAUCCUCCAUCAACACCAAGACGGGCCAGCGUUAUGGAAGCUCCUUCCCUCGCUUCGAGGUUCAGGAUCAAGUCUCGGCGCAGUUCCAGCUGUUGGACCACCUGGGGAUCGACCAGGUUCACGCCUGCGUGGGAGCCUCUCUGGGAGGCAUGCAGAGCGUGUGUUCUGCGGCCCUGUUUCCUGACCGAGUUGGCAAGUUCGUGACCAUCUCCGCCUGUGCGAAGAGUUUUCCUGGCAGCAUGGCGUUUCGGCACGCUCAGCGCCAGGCUAUCAUGUCCGAUCCAAAUUGGAACGGUGGAGACUACUACAAUGGCAAGCUGCCGGCAAAUGGCUUGAGACUUGCCCGACAGCUUGGAACUAUCACUUAUCGUUCUGGGCUGGAGUGGCAGCAGCGCUUCGGCCAGAGCUUGGCAAAGGGCGUCACCAAGCGCGAAGGCUUGAAGAACGAGUUCAUGAUCGAGAAUUAUUUGGCCCACCAGGGAGAGAAAUGGGUCAACGCGUACGAUCCCAACUCCUUGUUGUGGAUCUCAAAGGCGAUGGAUGGCUUCUCAUUGGAAAAGCCGGACAAGGAUGGCAGCCCCAGCUUGAUCGAGGGCCUGAAGCCUGCCAUGAUGCCAGCCCUCGUGAUUGGAGUGCAACAUGACGUACUGUUCCCGGUUUGGCAGCAGAAGGAAAUUGCAGACACCUUGCGCAAGGCGGGAAACAAGCGCGUGGUUUACUACGAGCUGGAUUCCGUCUAUGGGCACGACUCCUUCUUGCUGGACGCGGUUUCAAUUGGACCUGCAGUGAAAGGUCAUUUGGAGCAGGAGCCGAGCGGUGCGCGGCACAUUUGGGAGGAUCUGGCCAGCAGCGCAGUGGGCUUCCUGCAGGCCAUCAGCCAGCGCGGCAGCACCGCUGACAGCAUGCGGGACAUCUUCCGUGCGCUGGGGAACGGAGAAAAGGAAGUGGAACGAGACCGACUGAAGGCCAUGGUCAAGCUGGUUUGGAGCGGCCGAGUGAACGAGGCAGCCGUGGACAAAGCGUUCGAGUCACUGGCCAAAGAGCCUCUGAUGGAGCUCAAUGACUUUAUGCAGAUGCGACAGGUGCUGACCGAAGCAAUGUCUGACACAUAUCUGCCUUGAGGCAGCUUCAAUGCACGCGUUUUUUUUUUCUCUUCGGAUCCUAUUUUCCACAGUUUUAUGGGAAGCGUUGCGGUCUUCCGAGUGAGUCUACCCUGAUAGAGGGAGGCGCGCAGAGACGAUCCCACUUUUUCGCUCAGAUCACACAGCUGGAAUCGAGAAAAGAGAGGCAUUGAGCAAAUGCACGUCUUGAGAGCCUCUUGAGUUUGAAGAGUACCAGUCUCGAGGAAGGUAUCGGUUGACAUCCAAUUUGCGAAGCCGUUCAUGAAUUGGACAAUUGUAGGUUUCGGCUUCAUGCUCUGUUUUUUUCACUUUGUGUACCGCAGGUUUGCUAGGCCUGGUCUUUUAGCCCCUUGCUUGGCUCUGCAGCUUUCGGCUGAGGGCCUCUUGAAUCUCACAGUCUUGCCUGGCAUUGC